AUGAAGUCCAUCGUAGCUGACGCUUUAAUGAGGUACCUAGAAAACAACAAAAUUCUCGUUCCGGAACAGCAUGGAUUUCGCCAAAAUCGCUCCGGCUCCACUAAUCUGUUGAUUGCUCUUGCAAACUGGACGGAAUCUGUGGACGUUGGUGCAGGAGUCGACGCGGCCUACUUGGAUUUUUCAAAGGCAUUCGACCGUAAAGACCAUCGCAUUCUCCUUCACCAACUUCAGCAAUAUGGAAGCAGUGUUCCUGUUCUGGGUUGGAUAGGAGAAUUUCUCGUGCAACGUCACCUAAAAGUCAGGGUUCGAAGCAACUUAACAGAAUCCAUCGGUUCAGUGCGGCAUACCUCAAGGCUCGGUACUUGGCCCCCGCCUGUUCCUGGUCUUCAUAAAUGCUCUCGCGAGUGUGCUAUCUUCUAA